GGUCGAUUGCAACCACUUGUUUAAGAUCUAUUAUGGUUUUUUACUAAUAGAAUUCUUCUGCACAAUAAUAAUUUUUAAAAAGCGAAAUUGUCAAAACACUAUGCGAAUUAUAAUUUUAAAAAAAGCUUAGUUGUUAAUUACGGGUUUAAAAUUGUUUUAAAAGAACUUGUCAAAUCGCUUCGAAAACAUGCGUUGAACCUAUUUGACAGCGAAUUUGCAUUUAAUCCGGAAGUAGUCGCAAGAUAAAGCGUCAAUGUCAUCAUGGCGGUCAGGGCUGCUCGAUCGUUGUUUUCACAUGCACAAGCCACUACAAAUUUGCAGAACUUGGCAUGCAUUUAUAGUCACAAUCUUCAGGUGCAGAAAGUCACAAUGAUUCCAGGAGAUGGAAUAGGACCAGAAAUCUCACAAGCUGUCAAAGAAAUAUUUGCAUCAGCAGGGGCCCCAGUUGAAUGGGAGGAUGUGGAUGUCACACCAGUGAAGGGCCCAGAUGGAGUGUUUAGACUUCCACAGAAGAUAUUUGAUUCCAUGGCAGAGACUAGAAUUGGAUUGAAAGGCCCACUGGCGACACCUAUUGGGAAAGGACAUCAGUCUUUGAACCUAGCAUUGAGAAAAGCCUUCAAUCUGUAUGCUAACGUCCGUCCCUGUAAGUCCAUAGAAGGUUUUAAGACACCUUAUGAUGAUGUAAACCUUAUUACAAUCAGAGAAAAUACAGAAGGGGAGUACAGUGGUAUUGAACAUAAGAUUGUAGAUGGAGUUGUUCAGAGCAUUAAGCUGAUCACAGAAAAUGCGUCAAGACGAGUCGCAGAAUAUGCCUUCAAAUAUGCUCGUGAAAACAACAGAAGCACAGUCACGGUUGUCCACAAAGCAAAUAUAAUGAGAAUGUCUGAUGGACUUUUCUUGAAGUGUUGUCGUGAGGUGGCAAACAAGAACAAAGAUAUUAGAUUCACAGAGUCCUAUUUAGAUACAGUCUGCUUAAAUAUGGUCCAAGAUCCAACACAGUUUGACGUCCUGGUCAUGCCUAAUUUGUAUGGUGAUAUCCUCAGUGAUUUGUGUGCUGGACUGAUUGGAGGGUUGGGUGUGACACCUAGUGGAAACAUUGGAGAAGAUGGUGCCAUCUUUGAAUCUGUCCAUGGCACAGCUCCAGACAUUGCUGGUCAAGACAAAGCUAAUCCCACUGCCCUUCUGCUUAGUGCAGUUAUGAUGUUGAGACAUAUGGGACUUGGGGACUAUGGACGUCGUAUUGAGAAAGCUGCUCUGGAUACUGUCAAAGAUGGCAAGGUUUUGACUGCAGAUUUGGGUGGCAACGCCACUUGUUCAGCAUAUACAAAAGAAAUUUGUGCUCGAGUUCAGAAUACACCCUGAUUACUUCCAGUCAGGGUUGCUACUACCUUGUCUCCUUUGAUGAUCACCAUCGCAAGGGUUUUUCUCUCUCUUCCCCAUCCUAUUGAUUAGUCUUUCAACAGUUGUGAUAUUAGGAGUUUGCUCCAGUCAUUUGUAAUAGUACAGCCUGGUGGCUUUUCUGCCAGGAUUUAAGAACUUUUUUUUAUAUGUGCUACAAGAGAAGCAAAGGUGUGCUGUACCAAAUGUAUGUGAAAGAUUCUGAAAGGUUCAUUGUAUUAUUACCAAAAUGCUGGUUUCACAUCAUCAAAUUAUAGAGAGACAUGAACAAAGUUUUGUAGUUUGGACUACUCAGUGCAAAAGGAGCUUGUGUAACCAACAGCAAGUUUGAGUUAUUGAUACAAAUAAAUAUAUUUCUGCUUUUGUGCUAAAAUCUUAUUUGUAUAACUUUCCACUUGUUGGAGCAGGCUAGUUUAUUUGCUAGGUGAAAAAACAUAAUACUUAUCAGAUAUUUUAACUGUUAAUGGUUGGCUAUACUAAUUAGUAAGCAGUAGAAAGCAACUUUGUCUUCAGAAGGUUGUGCAACGGAAAUGUGUUUUAAGAGUAUUUAAUAGUGUAUAAAUAAAGCAAUUUUGAUAUUUAGUAUGUUUAUUAUAAUUACUACAAAAGGUUGCUUUAAUAUGAUAAGAGAAAAUAAUUGCAAUUUAUGUAAUCUGGAUAGUCGUGAUGGAAUGAAUAAAUCUCAUUCUGUUUAUUGGUUUAAAAGUGUUAUUGGUUUGUACUGGUUACAGUAUACUAGGUAUAGGAAAAGAAGACAUUCUCAAAGACUGAAUUAGUACUUCAGUACAAAUAUACAUGGGCAUUUACUCAUGUAAUCAGGUUGCAAUGAAAUUUGGAUUUUUUUUAAAAACCGCUCACUUAGUCUAAUGCUUAUCUCACCCGAUAAUAGUUUCUUUAAAAACAGCCUUUUGCUGUAUGGAAGGUUUUCCUUUCAUCAGGGCUUCUGCUAAGGCUAAAUUCUUUGGGGUCCCAGGGACCCCUCCUUCAGAUUUUUAAGGGGUCCCUGUUCUUUGCCCAAAUUUGAAGGGGACCCCAUUGACGAAAAUUGAAGGGGUCCUCCGAACUUUUAAUGUGUACUGUACGCAAUUUUUUGCGUAAGCAGAAGCCCUGGUUCAUUAUAAACAAAAAAAAUAUUUUCUGAGUGUAUCUUACCAGCUCAUUCUGUACAUGGGCUGAGGUUAACAGUCUAGUGCUUGUCACUAAAACAAGUGACAAACAGGUGUCCUUGGGUUCAGAUUUUAAUCUGUAACAUCAGAUUUUGUCAAAGGCAUGCUGUUUUUGCUUUCUGCAUGUGGCAGUUGUUUACAGAACAGGUUAGAUGUAGCCUUUAUCAAUGGCUUAACAUAAAAUAACAAUCUGAAGUUACUUUGGUGUUUUAGUGCAAACAUGUUCAUUUUUCUUUUGUUUUUGGAAAUUUUGUGGGGUAAUAAUUUAAUAUUAACUUUUCAGGCAUGGUUGCAGUGAAAUUUUCCAAGUUAUACAUAAUAUCUGAACAGAGCGCUUUUAAUGUACUUAAAUAAUAUUUAGACAAUAUAUGCAACAGUUUGUUUUUUAAACCUCUUUAGCUAAGAUAAGAAAUAUAAUUUCUCUAGAAAAAUGAAAGAAUUUAAUGACUAAAUCAUCUCUACUGUGAUACCUCCUAUAAAAAUAAUGGAAACUUGCCUUUUUAAAUGUUGGCAAAAUGCAGCUGAUCAUGGUGAGAACACUUAUAUGAUUGUAACCUGCCAUUUUCAUUUUGAUUCUCAUUCAAAGAACUGAAAGUGCUGUGUAUGCUUUGCACCAUAGCUGUUCGCCUUAUGGUGAUGCUUCUUGACAUUUUACACAUUGUGUUAAAUAAUUCAUUAUGUGCUUGGCAUUAUAUGCUGGUUCUCAGUAUACUAUGUUCAAACCUUCUUAAAGUGGAUACUUAACUGGCCACAUAUUGGAGAAGCAGACAGCUGAGUAGUUAGAGCACUGGCAUUCAAACUGAGAGGCAUACUUGUUGGACACCCGAGUAUAGUAGCAAACUUCCCCCAGUUGCUCCAGCUGGCAGGAAUGGGUACCUGACUCCAUAGAGGGUUGGGGAAGGUUAAGCAGCAAGGGAGAGGAGAUGGGCACUGCCCUCACUUGAAGCUGGCCCUGAAAAAUUUGCGGUCUCUAACACCUCACCUCCCCCUUUCCCGAUAACCUGAAAAGGUUAGGAGACGACAUUUACCUUUUUAUUGGUUAAUUCAGCUGUCGCAGUUCAGUUGGAAGUAAUCUUUGGGACAUGAUCUGUUGAGCUAAACUAUGAAUGGUAGGCUUAAAGACCAAACAUUUACCUUAUGGUGGAAGGACUAGCUUGACGCAAGGAGAAGGGAGGUGAAGAGAACACAUAUUGCCAGCUACAAUAGUGGUCAUUCUUUGCUAAUUGCUUCCAUCUGGCGCAACAAGUACCCUCAUCUCCCUUUAUCAAGUCAAAUCCAUUCCUUACUGCUGAACAAUGAAAGUCUGGCCUGUGAUGUUUAGAGUGCUCCAUGCUCAACCUUGAUCUGUAACAUAUUUUAGGGACCAGAUGUUUACAUAAAAAUAUGGAUUCCCAGCGUCUUUUUUUAAAGCAAAUAACGUACAGUCAAAAUCAUAUGAGUAUACAUAUAUACUUAUAAAGUAACUGUAUAUACAUCUAAAAAAAUUUAAAUUGCUGAAGGUCAAAUAUUUAUAAAACCUGCCUCCCUGAGGUCUAAUAUCUGUUUUGGGUUGUUUUUUAAAACCUAAUCAGUGCUUAUACUUAGAUGCUUUAAUUUAAUAAUGGCAGAUGUGUCAGCAAGCUUGCUUGAGGGCAUUUUGGGAGUCUUUAAGAUCAUGAUAUAGUUUCUUGACUGGAUAAUACAUUAAAGAUAUGUGUGUGUGUGCACAUGCACACACAUACUUGAUACAAGUUAAAGCAUAAAAUGAUCUUUCAGUUUGAAAAAUAUCUCAUCAUUCUCUUACUGAACUUCUUUUCAGUUUAGACCCUAUUUAAUAUUCUGCUAGAAAACAAUCACAUUUUCAUGAACUAAAUUAAAAUGUAGCUGAGUGUUGAAUCUCAUUGAGUGAGGAUGACUGUUAAGUGCAACCUAAAUGUUAAAUGGGAAGCUCUGCUACAAAAAGACUGGCUUUUUUAAAAUGUUUGUUAAACAUUUUAGGUCAUUUUAAACUUCAUUUCUGUUAGUGUUGAUCUCAAAUUGAAUUUUUUCAUAUAUUCUUUGUGUUUUACAAAUAACCCAUAAGAUGAUAAAUGAGCUCUUGUCUUGUACUUGUGUAAGCCUUAGAAGGAUGUGUUUUCUUAAUCUUUGUUCAUUAAGACCAGUAAAUAGUGAUAUGUGAAUCAAACAUUCACUUGCUGUGAUGGCUUCUUCCAUCCAUGAAUGACUCUCGCCAGCUAGAGUAGAUUAAUGUGCUCCAUAUUUUUCUUAUUUAUCAUUUUUUCCAGUUUCUAUGAACACAUCUCUUAUUUCACAGUUUUAAUGUCUAGAUAUGGGAUUUUUUUCACUGUAUUUAAAUGUUAGAUCAGUGCAUUUAUUAAGAAAAAUUAGGAUAAAUCUGUGUAUAUUUGACAUGUAUCUUGUGAAAGUCAGUAUCAGUAUAAACCUUUGUAAAAACAAUAGUUUGUUGAAUACAUUUGACACAACAUUGGUGUCCAGACACAUCUGUCAUCCAUUGUAGUCAAGCAGAUAAAGCAGAUAACCUUUAUCAUGCAUUAUAGCCCCCAAGUAUCUAUGAUGGUCUAGGAAUCAAAGUACACAACUUUGUUAACACUGUGCUAUCAAAGCUGACAGCAAUUCUGUCACAAUUGCAACAACCUCACAUCCAUCAUAAAUUUAUAACUAGUUGUCUAGACAAUUUGGACAGAAUGAACCCCUUUCCUGCUGUUGGGUGCUGUAUGUGUUAUGAUAGAAAAACACUAUUUGCUGCAUUAACAGUUGGUGUGCCACUAGGUUUAACAUAAAAAAAUAUAUUCUAAAAAUAUAUGCUCAUAUACA